AUGGUAAAGGAAAGAGGAAAAGGAAAACCAAAGUGUGUUUCUCGAAGGGGAAGGGGAAGAGGAAGGGAGUGUAAGAGCAAAGUAGGAGGACCGGCAGGGGAGGUUUCCGGAAGAGGCGGAGGACGCUGUCAUGAGAGGAAACGACUAACGGAAGAUGAGGAUGUUGAGGCAUGGCGAGGAGCGUCACAAAGAACCCAGCAAAGAAUACUGGCCCGCUGCGGCGACGAGAACCACUGGGACGAGGACGAGGACGGUGAUAGGGAGGAGAGAGAGGGAGAAGAGGAUGAGAAUGAAGCUAAGGACGAGGAAGAGAUCAAGGAAGGCAAAUACAAGGAUGAGACAGAGAAUAAGGAUGAGGGCAGCGAUGAGAACGAGGACAAGAAUGAGAGAAAGGGAAGAAAAACAAAGAAGAGAACAGGGAAAGAUGAGACUGAGGAUGGGGAUGAGAACGAGAAGGACGAAGACAAGGACAAGAACGAAGAAAAGGACGAUGAACAGAACAAGGAGAAUGAAGACGAGGAAGAGGAUGAGGAAAAUAGUGAAGAUGAAGACGAGGAGGGCGAAGACAAGAAGCAAAGAAGCAAGGAAGGAUGGGAUGGAGAAGUAGGAAAGGAGACAUCGCUGGGACAGAGCCAAAGAAGCAAACCAAAUAUAAUGAACGCGAAGAGUAAGAUAAUGAAGGAAGCAGGCACUGUCUCUCACUGUCCCUCACCAUCACCACUUCCCUCACUAUCACGUCCCCAUGCCUUCACGCCCUCACAGCCUCUCAUCUCCACGCUCUCACUCAAAAAACCUUAA